CGAACCUGUCGAGGCUGGAUGUGUUCUUUCUUCGACGCUCGACACGUGCGGGAGACGCUUACAGUGGCUUUCAGGUCUGGACCUCGGCGGCGGAGACUUAGAGUGUCACUGCUGAUCGUUGUCGUUUGUGUAAUUUUUGGACCUUUAUAUGGGGAAAUGAACGUUUUAUAUCUCUUCAUGCGGUUUCGCUUCAACUGGGACGAGGUCCAGUUCAGCAUGUUUUGCACUUACAGCAUCAUCACCAACUUAAUAGGCACAUUGUUCUCUAUCAGUAUCUUUAGCGACUUAAUGAAGCUGGAUGACACAAUAGUCGGCAUCAUUUCCUGCACCAGCAAGAUAUUAGCUUCCUUCAUCUUUGCUUUUGCCAGGACUACAACUGCCAUUUAUUUUGGACCUCUAGUGGAGAUCUUCAACGGAACAUCGUUCAUCGCCAUGAGAUCUAUUGCUUCUAAGCUUGUUAAUAGCGAGGAGUUGGGCAAAGUCAACUCUCUAUUCGGUCUUGCAGAAGCCAUGAUGCCAUUGGUGUACGGGCCGUUGUACGCCAGAGUGUAUAUGGCGACGCUCAAUAUUCUGCCUGGAGCUGUAUUUUUACUUGGAGCAGCCAUGACAUUCCCUGCUGUCGCUAUAUUCGGGUGGAUGUAUUUUGAACAGAAGAAAGAUAACAAGCAAAUCGAGGAGAUGGAAGGAGUUGACCAAGAUAUAUAGUGCAUUGCAUGUCUC